GUCAGACUUCAGAGUCAGAUGUCUGGUGAGUGGUGGUGAUUGAAUUUUGAAAGAGUUUUUAAAUAUGAAUAAUAAUAUUGGAACUGUGAAAGAAUUUUAAUUUCAUAUUCAUAAUUCCCAGUACAUAUCAGCUUUAUAGUAACCACUAUUUUAAUUAAGUAGUCUCGAAUUUAUCUAUGAUAGUAGUAACCUUGUUAGUUGUUAGGGUUGGCAUAUGAACGUGAGCCCUAGUCCCUAUCAGUAUCUAUGAAUGACAUUUACUUAACAUAGUUACACAACAAAAAUGCGUUUUUCGAGUUCCCUUAAAAACUGUAACACUUUGCCACACGCGAAAUUUAUAAAGGAAUUAGAAAAAAAUUUCAUUCCCCACAGCGCUUUUCAAAAAACCUUGUUAGGCGUAGGAAGUGCAGUUGUUGCUCUUUUCGAUCCAUAUAGAGCAGAUAUGAUAUCAUGUAUGGGAGAAGUAACUGGCGGCAAAGCUUUAAAUUAUAUGAGGCAGAAAAUGCUAGAAACGAAUGAGGGUGCCGAAAUUCUACGCGACAUGCCUCGUAUAAACUCCCAAAUAGUAUGCUUCAAAACAUUGUCACAAAUGCCUCAAAAUACAUUGGGACGUGUAUAUGCAGACUUUAUGGUGGAAAACAAAAUUACGGCAGACUCAAGAUUACCUGUCCAUUUUAUAGAUGAUCCAGACAUGGCUUAUGUUAUUCAACGUUACAGAGAAGUUCAUGAUUUAGUGCAUGCAACAUUAUUUAUGAAAACAAAUAUGUUGGGUGAAGUAACUAUUAAAUGGAUAGAGGGCAUUCAAACAAAGUUACCAAUGUGUAUUGGUGGUGGAAUAUGGGGUGCAGCUAGACUUAAACCAAAACAUAGACAGUUAUACUUAAAGCAAUAUUUACCAUGGGCUAUCAAGACAGGAAAUGAUGCAAAGUUUAUGCAAGGAAAUAAUUAAUUUACAGGCAUUUACUUUGAGAAGCGGUGGAAUCAGGAUAUAAGUGAUUUUCACAGAGAAAUGAACAUAACACGGCUCACUGGUACUUAGAUUAUUAUUAAGAAAAGUUAUUGAACUAUUAUAUUGACAUGUAAAAAUUGUGAUAAUAAAAUACUUUAAAC